AUGGACAAAUGGCUGAAAAGGGUGAGACCCCCCUCCGCAGAGACACCACCGGCUCCUAGUUCAACUACCGACGAUGCCGGAGACAUCAAUCCAGACCCGUCUCCCGAGGACAGCAACAGUGCAAGUGCUGCUUGCCAAUCUACUAGCAUGGCUAGUGCCUCUGAAUAUGACGGUGAUGAUGAUGAGCUCCCUUCCACGAGUAAGCAUGUGGAUGUAGAAAUGCCGACAACGGUAAAAAGACGAAAAUAUGAUGAGAAAUACAUUGAGCUGGGGUUCACUUGCAUUGGUACGGGCUCGUCUAUUCAGCCACAGUGCGUCAUAUGUGCAAAGGUGUUAUCGCACAACUCAAUGAAACCGUCACUCUUGCGCAGACAUUUGGAGACUAAUCAUCCCCACUUAAAAAAUAAACCACUGGAAUAUUUUGAAAGGGAAUUACGUGGACUUUCUACCAGUAAAAGCACCAUAACAAAACCUGACACAAUGAACAAGAAGGCGUUGGAGGCGUCUUAUAUGGUGAGCUACCGAAUAGCCCAGACUGGCAAGCCUCACACUAUUAUGGAGGAGUUUUUCCUUCCUUCUGCCGCAGACGCAGUUGGAGUCAUGUUGGGGGAAAAGGCAAAACGUGUCAUACAGGCCAUACCAUCAUCAGACAACACCCUUGAUGAGUCCACGGACGUGGCGGGCCUGGCGCAGCUCCUUGUAUAUGUCCGUUAUAUUCAUGAAGGCUCAGUGAAUGAGGAUAUGCUGUUCUGCAACCCCCUCGAAACAAGAACAACAGGGAAAGACAUUUUCCAUAUGCUGGACACGUUUGUGACAUCGAAUGGACUUCUUUGGACAAAAUGUGUGGGCAUCUGCACCGAUGGCGCAAGGGCCAUGACAGGCAGGCACAGUGGUGUGGUCACGCGUGUCCAAGCGGUUGCACCCGAUGCCACUUGGGUACACUGCAGCAUCCACCGGGAGGCUUUGGCUGCCAAGGGCAUGCCUACAGAAUUAAAGAAUGUGUUGGACACAACUGUGAAAAUUGUGAAUUUCGUUAAAGUGAGGCCGCUGAACAACCGGAUAUUUACGGCACUCUGCAACGAAAUGGGCAGCGACCACACAUCUCUUCUACUACACACGGAGGUGCGCUGGCUAUCAAGAGGGAAAGUGUUGACACGCCUCUUUGAAUUAAAAGAUGAACUCAAAAUGUUUUUUGUUGACCAGACAUUUCACCUUUCUGACAGUUUGCAUGACGAAGAGUUUCUUUCACGCUUAGCUUAUCUCGGUGACAUUUUUUCUCGGCUGAAUGAACUCAAUCUCGGAUUACAGGGGCUCUCCGCAAACGUUUACAAUGUGCGAGAAAAAAUCGAGGCAAUGAUUCAGAAGUUGAAUCUGUGGAUUGACUGCGUGGAGAAAAACAAGAUAGUUGCCUUCCCUUUGUUGCACGAGUUUCUCACUGAAUAUGACCUCAGUCUGGCAGAUGGCAUCAAGCGCGACAUCGCAGCGCAUCUCAGCGCGCUCGCUGCUGAGUUGCGCAGAUACUUCCCAGACAGUGACGACGAGUCGGACCGUUGGAUUCAACAUCCCUUCACUAGGCCGACUGCCCCUGCUGCCCUGUCGGUCUCUGAACAAGAGAACCUCAUUGACAUCGCAACAACAGGAUCCUUGAAAACGGAUUUCAACCGCAAGCCUCUCGCAGAAUUUUGGAUAGGGUUGCUCACCGAGUUCCCUGAACUGGCUCACCUGCUGCCACUUAACGAGCAUUAA